UCUGGUCCCUGCCUGUUCCCCCAGCCCGGUCCCACCAUGUCGGUCUCCAAGCUGCAGGAUGCAGAUGAGGUUUUCGAGACUCCUCGCCUGGACAGCAGCUUACAGAAGGCUCGAGCCCGGUUGUUAGCCAAGAGCCGGCGGCACCGGCCGUCCCGCUCCCGCCUGCGAGACAGCGCCAGCUCCACCGAGGGCGAGGAGGGGCUGGAGGCGGCGGGAGCCGAGGGCAGCCCCACAGCCCCCGGCCGCUCGCCCCCCGCCGCGCCGCUGCUCCUGGCCCCCUCGCCCUCCUCCCGCUCGGAGUUCUCCUUCGAGGCGGGGGCGGUGUGCAGGGUGUUGGGGGACACCCCCCCGGCCCCCUCGCCGCCCCUCGGCCGCUACCGACCCCUCACCAACACCUCGUCCCAGGAGGGGCUGGCGGGCACCCCCUCCCCCAAGUCCUGCCCCAGCUCUGACAGCUCACCCGGCUUCGCCCGCCGCGAUGCCUGGCUCCAGCGGCACAGCGAAGAUGAUAGCAGGGACAUGAGCCCCCCUGAGCCGGCCAGCCCCACUGUGGGGCUGGAUAAGAAGACGAGGAGAAAGUUCCUGGAUUUGGGGGUCACCCUCCGCCGGGCAUCCUCCAGCAAGAGCCGCAAGGAGAAGGGCAGCAACCGCCUGUCCAUGGGCAGCAGGGAAGUAUCAGAAGGUCCCGGCCGCCCCUCGGGGUCACCCUUCCUGCCCUUCUCCUGGUUCUCAGAUGGUGCCCGGGGUUCAGCCUCCCCUGGCUCUGCAUCACCCACCAGCUCCCCCCGGCACGAGGGGCUCAGCCCUGCCAAAUCUGCAUCCCAGGACUCCACGCUGAGUGAGGACUCCCCACCACCCAGCUCCAGCCCACGCCUGCCCGGCCCUGCUGCCACCAAGUGCUCCUACCCCUACCACACACUGUCACAGUCCUCGGACGAGUUCCUGGAUGAGCCCCUCGGCGCAGCCAUGGGCUGGACGUGCCACCAGGUUGGGCAGUGGUUGGAGAGCCUCAGCCUGGAGCAGUACGUGGAGGAGUUCUCAGCCCAUGGCAUCGAUGGACCCCGGCUCCUGCAUCUCGAUGGGGCCAAGCUCAAGGCUCUGGGUGUGGGGAGCUCUCAGGACCGCGCCGUGCUGAAGCGCAAGCUGAAGGAGCUGAGCCUGGCAGUGGAGAAGGAGCGCAAAGCCCAGGAGAAGGCAGAGAAACAACGGGAGAAGCAGAAGAAAAAGGACCAGGAACAGCGGCGGAGUUAAGGGGGGGUGGGCAGGAAAGCCCCCAGACCCC